UUGCAUUGGUGGCAAAGAGAAUUUUCAAACAUUGUCAGUUUCUCUCUCGCUCACAAAAAAAUUUCAGCAAAUUGCUUUUGUAAAAAGAAAUGGACACCGUAUAACAAGGACAAAUGGGACGCACCUCAAGGAGGAUGCUACUAUUCGCCUUUAAUCCCUUCAAUUCAGAUGUUAGCCAACAGGACAUGUUCCCGAAAGAAUGACGGCAUGCUUGUUGUCGAUGAAGACUCCAACAAGGACGCGUUUCUGAUGAGCCUACUUCCCCCAAAGACAAAAUUCUGGCUAGGAUUGCGACUCGAAGGCAAGCAAUGGUUAUGGCAUAACGGUUACUCAGUGAGUUCCUAG